AUGCCCACGUCAAACUCCUCCUCCUCCUCCUCCGCCACCACCGAGGCCGUCGCCCACAUCGAGCACGCGCUGCCGGACCCCCAGCAGGUCAAGGCCAAGGCCGCCUCGGGCCUGCUCAACCAGCUGCGCGACACGGGCGCCGGUGCUGUCGGCGGCGUCUGCGCCGUCGUCGUCGGCCACCCCUUUGACCUCGUCAAGGUCCGCCUGCAGACCGCCGAGCGCGGCGUCUACUCCUCCGCCAUCGACGUCGUCAAGAAGAGCGUCGCCCGCGACGGCCUGCGCCGGGGUCUCUACGCCGGUGUCAGCGCGCCCCUCGUCGGCGUGACCCCAAUGUUCGCCGUCUCCUUCUGGGGCUACGGCGUCGGCAAGCAAAUCGUCACCAACCUCUCCUCCGUCGGCCCCGAGGGCCUCUCCAUCGCGCAGGUCUCCGCCGCCGGCUUCCUCUCUGCCAUCCCCAUGACCGCCAUCACCGCGCCCUUUGAGCGCGUCAAGGUCAUCCUGCAGGUCCAGGGCCAGAAGCCGCUCGCCCCCGGCGAGAAGCCGCGCUACAGCGGCGGCCUCGACGUCGUCCGCUCGCUCUACCGCGAGGGCGGCCUGCGCAGCGUCUUCCGCGGCUCCGUCGCCACCCUCGCCCGCGACGGGCCCGGCUCCGCCGCCUACUUCGCCGCCUACGAGUACAUCAAGCGUAUGCUCAGCCCCAAGGAUCCCGUGACGGGCCGGCCGGCCGGCGACCUCAGCAUCGGCGCCAUCAUCGCGGCAGGCGGCGCGGCGGGCGUGGCCAUGUGGAUCCCCGUGUUCCCCGUGGACACGGUCAAGUCUCGCCUGCAGACGGCGGAGGGCAACGUCUCGCUCGGCGGCGUCGUCCGCGAGCUCUACGGCAAGGGCGGCUUCAAGGCCUUCUUCCCGGGCUUCGGCCCCGCGCUGGCGCGUGCGGUGCCGGCCAACGCGGCCACCUUCCUGGGCGUCGAGCUGGCGCACAAUGCCAUGAACAAGGCCUUUGGCAAGGCCGAGUAA